AUGGAAGGAACUCAAGGAACUCCAGGAACUCAUGGAACUCCAACUGAUGUCACUGGAUCAAGCAUAGGCACCACUCAAUCCCAGCUGGAUCCUGCAGCAGCUAUGGGAGUUGUUCCAUUAGCCCAGCCUGCUUCUACUACUACAACUACUGCUGAUACUGCAGCAUCUGAGCAACCUGCAACUGACUCUGGGCCUAAAAGGAAGAACAAGAGCAUAGCUUGGGAUCACUUCACUAAGCUCACCAAUCCUGAUGGUUCGAAGAUGGACAAGCCUCGAGCAAAAUGCAACUACUGCCCGCAAACAUAUUAUGUGCACUCCAAGUCGAAUGGGACUUUAAGUAUGAGGAACCACAUGUUGUAUACCUGCCGGAAGUGUCCCUUAUACAUACCGGCGAAGAAACAAAAGCAUCUUGUAUUUGAUUAUGCUGAUAAUGGAGGUAAUAUUACUGCACUUGGGUAUGAAGAAAGCAGAUCUAGACUGUUUUGUGCUAAAAUGAUCAUUAGGGAUGAGUUACCCUUUAGUUUUGUCGAGGCACCAGGUUUUAUUGAUUUUGUGAAGGUAACUCAGCCUUUAUUUAAACCACCUUCCUGUAGGCAAGUAGUUAGAGAUAUCUGGGAUCUCUACCAAGGUGAGAAGACUAGGAUUAAAAACAUUUUAGCCACCUAUUCUCAGAGAGUCUCCCUCACCAUUGACACUUGGACUUCGAUCCAAAAUGUCAAUUAUAUGGUUCUCACAGCCCACUUCAUCGAUGAAAAUUGGGUUUUACACAAGAGGAUCUUGAAUUUCAUUGUCAUUCCUAACCAUAAGGGUAAGACUAUUGGGAAGCUUGUGGAGUCAUGCUUGAUAGGAUGGGGAAUAGAAAAGGUUUUUACCAUAGUUGUCGAUAAUGUUAGCCCUAAUCAGGUGGCCCUCGAUUAUAUGAAGGAGAAGAUAGGAAAUUGGAAGGAGCUGGUUUUAAAUGGUCAGUUUUUACACAUGAGGUGCUGCUGCCAUAUCCUUAACUUGAUUGUUAAGGAUGUCAUGGAGGAGUUGGAUUCAUCCAUCGAUGCCAUUAGGAAUUGUGUCAAAUAUAUCAGGUCUUCUCCUGCAAGAUUAGAGAAGUUUAGAAAGUGUGAUUUGCAAGAAAAAGUUGAUUCCAAUGUGUCGAUAGUUCCGUUGGAUGUUUGUACUAGGUGGAACAGCACUUAUUUUAUGUUGGACAUUACUGUUAAGUUUAGAAAGGCAUUUCUGAGAUUGGAGGAUGAGGAUUCUCAAUUUGAAAGUUAUUUUCAAGAAAUGGUUGGUGGCAAGAAGAGGGAUGGGCCUCCACUUGCUGCUGAUUAG